AAAAAGAAGCUAGGGUUUCAUUAUAUCAAUCACACUCCGUAUAAAACCCUACAUUCUCCCCCGCCUCUACUCUUCUUCUUUUGAGAGAGUGAGAGAAAACAACCACCUUAUUUUUCUCCAAACCCUAAAAAUGGUGAAGUACUCCAAAGAACCCGAUAAUCCCACUAAAUCAUGCAAGGCAAGGGGUUCAGAUCUCAGAGUCCAUUUUAAGAACACUAGGGAGACAGCGUUUUCUCUUAGAAAGAUGCCUUUGGGCAAGGCCAAGAGAUACCUGGAGGAUGUCUUGGCUCACAAGCAGGCCAUUCCUUUCCGUCGCUUCUGUCGUGGUGUCGGUAGGACUGCUCAAGCCAAGAACAGGCACUCAAACGGCCAAGGUCGCUGGCCAGCAAAGUCAGCAAAAUUCAUCCUUGAUUUGCUUAAGAAUGCUGAAAGCAACGCAGAGAUGAAGGGUUUGGAUGUGGAUUCACUCUACAUAUCUCAUAUCCAAGUUAACCAAGCCCAGAAACAAAGGCGUCGUACUUACCGUGCUCAUGGGCGAAUCAACCCCUACAUGUCCCAUCCCUGCCACAUUGAGUUGACUUUGUCUGAGAAGGAAGAAUCAGUUAGGAAGGAGCCUGAAUCACAAUUGGCUACCAGCAAAUCUAAGAAGUCACAAGCCGCUUAAGAGUUUUAAAUCAUCAUAGUUGUAGCCUUUGGAAACAAGUUUUGGCAGUUUUUUUUCUCAUUGUGUUGAAAUCUGGUUUUGUAGACAAGAUUUUUUUCAUCUAAAUUACCAUUUUGAGGGUUUGAUAGCACUUCUUAAGCAGAGAAUAUUUAGUGCUUUUCUGGGAAGUAAACCUAAUGUUUAUGUUAAAGUUGUUUCAAUGAUCUACCCUUUUAACUUA